AUGCACAGAGUAACCAGUUUGUUGACAACCAAACUUGAAGAGAUUAUGAUGUGACGAUGGACAGAAAACCUGGACAUUUGACCAAGUCUGUUCAAGAGAUUGCUGGGUCUUUGUUCUGGAUAAAGGUUGUUGGAAUUGGAAAUGAUGGUGUGGGAAAGACCUGUCUCGUUAAAAACUUUUGUGAGAAAAAAUUUUCAAAGAGCUAUCACCCUACAACAGGAGUUGAUUAUGGUUUCAAGUUACACAAAAUUAAUGGCACUGACUAUAGGAUCAACUUCUGGGAUUUUGGUGGUCACACAGAUUAUGAUGAAAUAAGAGUGGAAUUAUAUGGACAGACGCAGGCUUGUAUUCUGGUAUUUGAUGUCACAAACAAGUUGUCAUUUGACUCCCUGGACUACUGGUUACAAGAGUUCACCAGCAAUGGUGGGAAACAAGCUGUAAUGGCUGUGGUGGCUAAUAAGACUGAUUUGUCCUCCAAAAGAGUUGUGAGCAGUAAAGAUGGACAGAGAUGGGCUAAGGCACGUGAUCUAAGGUAUUAUGAAACAUCAGCAAGCACUGGUCAAGGAGUUUAUGAGAUGUUUAGUGGAGUUGUAGCAGCAGUUGUGGAAGCAAAGCUUGUCAAGGCCAAGCCAGUUAUUAAUGCAGAACAAAGUUCUAGUAAACAAAAGUGAAUUGAAUAAGACUCAUUCAAACCACUGUUCUAGGAUAAUAUUAACAUUUUUACAUCUACAGUAGAUUAUGGUUAUAAGGGUCCUUGGUUGGGAGGAUGGGGUUGUAGGGGAAAAAAUAGACCCAGCAAGCUGAAGGCUCUCCUUGAACUGGGGACCUAUUUAGAAGGAGCCAAUAUUGACCAUGAUGCUUUUUGCAUGUCUGUGACUGUUUUGGUUUACAUGGUAGCGAGGUUCCAAUUGUUUUUCAAUGCUACACAGUGCACAAUGCAUCCUGGCCAAAACUGGGUCUUCAACAGAGUCAUUAUUAUAAUAAGGUGGUCAGCUUUCAAAAAAUUAAUUAGAAAAAUAAUUAUUUGAGAUGGCUACUACUACACAGAUCUUGUUUAACAAAACUUUUCAAACUUAAUAACUAUCUGGUAAUGCAUAGCUUUCUUUUAAUUUCCUUUUAUUGUCUUUAAAGACAAAAAUGCCAUAAGUACAUACAAGUAUUAUAAUUUCCAUUCCACAGCAUUCACUGUUUGUAAAAUUGUACUCAGUCACAACAAGUAAAUCAAAGAGGUUCAGAUAGAAUUGCUUAGAUUUUAUUACCUGCGUUAAAUACUUUUUAGUUCUAUAUGCAAGACGUGAUUUGUUAUUAAUGACUGACACUAAAAAUACCGUGUAUGCUUUGUUUUCAUUAUGGAUUAUGAUUAUUUAUACAGUUUUGCCUAGAAAUAAUUAUAUUUGUCAAAAUAUAAAAAUUAUCAACAGAAAAUUGAGCAUCUCUUGAGUUUGUAUAGUACAAUGAUAAACCUCUCUCCCUGUUGCUAAAAGUAUAAUUAUCAUUUAGCUCUGUUUUACAGCUGUUGUGCAAGUCCAGUUUUCACUCUGUUUACAAUAGUGUGUUGAGGAACUGGGGUGUACAAAACUUGUGGAAAUUGAGCCUAGUUCAUCAUAAGCUAAUCCAGUUUUAAAGGAGAAUUACGUGAAGUAAAAAAGUGUGGUCAAUAAUUACAUGAUGAAAAGGAUAGCAGCACAGCCAUUUCCUUUCCUUGACAAUUCAAAAGAGUGAUAUAUCGUAAUGGAAAAUUAAACAUUUCCUUGUGUUUCAAACAGUUCAAAAUCUUGUGUUCAACUUGCCUACAUCUCGGAUUCGUAGUACCGGUACCUUAAAUUCUUCCAGACUAACAAAGUCUACUUGCAGAGGUUUUCUGUUCUCUGAUUACUUUACAAACUGUCCAUAUAUGACUGGUGAGGUACACGUCGUCACUCCCUUUGAAAAGUCAAAACAUUUUGCUCAAGGUACAGCCAGUACAAUAAUGGUGUGAAAAACUCCACCAGAGUUCAACUAGAAUUUCACACUGUCUUAAAAGCUAAGAUGACCCCUUUGUGUCUUCUAGGUCUGCUGCCAUCUAAACAAAAAGAAAGAGGCAACAUAGUCAGAUAUUUUUGAAUACCUUGUCAAACUGGCCACUUCUUAACCUGUUGAUAUUUUGGAUUUCUCCAUAUAAUUUUACAUAAUUAUAUGUAAUAUUAAUAAUUAGUUCAUUUAACAAACAGAUGAAUUCCACUUUGCCAUGAGUCUGUUCAACAACAGAUCACAGAUGACAUCAAAAUGGAGUAAAAAGUUAACAGUGGCACAGAAGGCGAUAGCCAAGUGUAUCAUUGAUGUUCUUACCACAUUUUGACAUCUGUGAUCUAUUACUGAACAGAUAAAUGGCAACAUGGAAUCAACUUAAUCUAAAACAAAUUAAUCCGAAUCUAAUUACGAAGAAACAAAAAAGAUUGUUUAACUUGAUGAUGCCAUCUAUGAUACAUUUGUCCUCCAAAUUAUGGAUCAUAAACUUGUAAAAACCAAUCCAAAUGCAAGAAUAAUUUGGCUUCUUAAAUAAAUUUAAAUAGGACAUAUGGACAGCAUUUUUCUGCAUGACUGUGUAACUUUUCAACAGAAUAUAAUUUCCAUGAUUAUCAAAAUAAAUGUUGCUGCCCAGAAAGUUCUGAACAUUUAAGUACAAACUCCAAGAAUCCAGCCUUGUCAAACAAAAUCAUUGAUAAUAUAGAACUAACUGAAAUUAUUUAAAAUCUUGCCUGUUUCCCAACACAUUU